GGGAAGGCGGCGCUCCGCUCCUGCCGUCCCCUGCUCGUCCCCAGCCCGUCCCCAGCCCGUCCCCAGCGGCUCCCGCUACGGCUCCCGCUCGGGCUCUAGCAUGGUGGUGCCGCCGCUGCUGCGCGCCGUCAUCAUGGGGCCGCCGGGCUCCGGCAAAGGCACCGUCUCCGCCCGGAUUAUCAAGCAUUUCGGGGUGAAGCACCUCUCCAGCGGCGACCUGCUGAGGGACAACAUGCAGAAGAAGACAGAAGUUGGAAUCCUUGCCAAGUCCUAUAUUGAUCAAGGGCAGCUUAUUCCAGAUGACAUCAUGACACGACUGAUGCUGAGUGAGCUAAAAGGUCUGGAUCAGUACAACUGGCUACUGGAUGGUUUCCCCAGAACAGUUGCUCAGGCAGAAGCCCUGGAUAAAACAUGUCAAAUAGACACUGUGAUUGACCUAGAUGUGCCAUUUGAGACCAUAAAAAGUCGGCUUACAGCACGUUGGAUCCACCCUGCUAGUGGCAGAGUCUACAAUCUUGAAUUCAGUCCUCCCAAAGUGCAGGGCACCGAUGAUAUUACUGGGGAGCCACUUGUUCAGCGUGAUGACGAUAAGCCAGAGACAGUUACCAAGAGGCUGCAGGCAUAUGAUGCACAAACAAAACCGGUUUUAGAAUAUUAUCGAAGACCAGAAGCUCCAUCUUUGGGGUGGUUAAGUUUUAAAGGAGUUUUUCUGCAUUGACAAUAAUUUUCCUGACUUUGGUAGUUUUCUGAAGUGAAAAUGCCUCAAAGCACCAGAGUAAGACAUAGGCCUAAGCUGCUAUUAUUCCUGAUCAUAACAUACUUUACAGAUAAAACCAGCUACUAGAACUAAAUCAGAAUAACUUGACUGUGCCUGGCUCACUUGUUUGUUCUGAUGCACCAUCUUUGAUCCUUGAGGUGUAACUUUCCAAUACCUGGGUUAGUCACGGAUGUUUGGAUGAUGGCUGUAUAGCAUGUGCUGUAUGACUGCACUGCUGCUUCUUAUUUUUAUCCUUCACAGUUUGUUAUUAAGUACUCUGUGGACAGAUGUUGGUUUUACAAACUGAUGUCACCAAUAGCUCAGUUUAAAGAACAGAGUAAUGCAUGUCCAGCCUGCUUUCCCAGUGUUAUGGCUGUUCUUGGUGUUCAAUCACAUGCAUAUUUGCACACUCCUGCCAAGGCAAUCUUAAAGUGAGGUGGAGAUCCUGGAAUAAUUAAACAAUUUGACUUCUGUAAUGCUUUCUU